AUGUCAUCAACACAAGGAUUGUUCGUUGGCUCUGCAGCUCUUUUGGGUCUGAGUGGUGUCGCUAAUGCAGUGCUCUAUUUACGUAAUAAAGAGCUGCAAACUGAAUUAGAAAAGACGGAAAAGAAAUUAAUAGCAAGUCAAUCCAGUAAAACAACCAGUACGAGUGAACAACAACAAAUCAUUUCUCAACUCGAAAAGAAAAUUCAACAAUUAGAACAAUCCGUUCAAAUCCAAGCACAAGAACUUUUCACAUCGGAAGAAAAGAAGAAACUCGAAUUGGAACAAAUUGAAAAGGCAUAUCAACAACAACUCGAGCGAUCACAACAUGAACUCAAACAAAUUUCUUCUCAAUUACAAUCUCAUCAAUCUUCAUCCAGUGAAUUAAAAGAAUCACUCUCUCAACAAAUUUCCAAUCUCAAACAUUUGGUUGAAAAACAACAACAAGAUCAUUCACAAUACAUGAAACAAAGUGCUCUCGAAUUGGAAAAUGUGUUAAAAUCUAAAGUGAAAGAACAAGAAACACUCAACAUUGAAAUUAACAAAUUAAAAAGACGUGAAAGUGAACUUGAGACAAGUCUUGAAGAAAAGACUCAACAAUGUGCCAAUUUACAAACAAAUUUAACCAAUGUCACUCAUCAAUUCUCUGAAAGUAUGAAGAGAUCUCAAACCAUCAAUUCAGAUUUAAUGCAAAAGAAAAAGGCAGAAUUGGAUCAAUUGAAAGAUGAACUUGUAGAGAAGAAUUCUGAAAUUUCACAACUUGUGAAUGAAAAAACAGAACUCGAAGCAAAGAUUUUACAAAAAGAACAAGUGAUUUUGAAUUUGCAACAAACCUUGGAUGUCAAUAAGGAACAAUUGGAACAAAUUAAUUCCUCUCUUCAAGCAAUUAAACAUUCUCUUGAAGACAAGGAUCGAAUUAUUACUGAAAAGGAUUGUGAAUUGAAACAUAGUCAUGAAAAAAUUUCACUCCUUCAACAAGAUUCCAAUGUACUGGAACAUAAAUAUAUGGAAACGAUUGAAUCCUUACAACAACAAGUGAUGGAGUUGCAAAAGAAACUCAAUGACACAGAUCGAGAACUCUCCAUGUCUAAAUCGAAUUUAACACAACACAUUUCUAAGUUAGAAGAGACGACCAAUCACGUACAAGCACUUGAAUCUAAAAUUAAGAAUUUAGAAUUUGAAAAUUCAAAUCUCGUUUUAAAUCAACACUCACUCUCUGAAACAUUGGAAGAAAAAAAGAAGGAAAUUGAAAAGAUUCGAAAUGAAUUACAAAUUGCCACUGAAACGUUAUCUGAAACUCGUUUCAAUAGUGAGAAUGAAAUUAUUUCAUUGAAACAAUAUCAUGACACCAUCUCCAAUUUGCUCUCCAACAAAGUUCAAGAAUUAGAAAGUUUGAAUCUAACGAUGGAAAGAAAAGAAAAGGAAAUGAACACCUUGAAUGAAACCAUCACAAGUCUCUAUAAACAAUUAUCAGAUAAGGAUGAAAUUCUCUUGACACUGAAUUCGGAGAUGAAGGAAAAAUCCAUGCAACAUGAAAACCUUUUAGAACAUGUAAAAUUAGUGACUUGUGAAAAACAAGCAUUGGAAAUGGAAAUUUCUUCCGUGAAAUCUCAACUCUCCAACGCCAUUCAAGACCAUUCACACACUCAAAUACAAAUUGAAAAUUUACAGAAACAAAUUUCUUUCAAGGAGAUGGAAUUGAAAACUCUCAAUGAAUCACUCGAAACAACCAAGACAGAAUUGGAAUUGAUCAAGAGUGAAUCUGAGCAAUCCAGACAAGAGUAUUCACAACAAAUGAAACAACUCUCAAACAAAGAAUUAGAAAUGAGUGACAAGAUUCAAAACUUGACUCGUGAAUUAGAACAUUUUACCAAUGAAUUCAAUCAAGCUCAACAAACACUUUCGGACAAGGAAACGAUCAUUCAAGACCUUCAUCAACAACUCUCACAAUUCGAAACUAAAUGGAAACAAUCGAAAAAGGAAUAUUCCGAGUUGCAACAAGCGAUCGAGACUCUGAACAUGGAACAUUCUCAACAAAUUUCUGAAAGAUCCAAAUGGUCUUGGGAAAUGGAACAAGCAGAGAAGGAACGUUCAAAUCUCGAGAAGGAACUAGAACAAACCAAAUUUACUCUCUCUCAAACUGCUCAACAACUUGAUACUUUGAAAACUCAACAUGAGAACAUUACUCACUCCUUGACACAAUUACAACACCGUUCGAAUCAUGACAUUGAAGAACUUGAAAAGAUUAUUCAGGAAAAGGAAGAAUUUCUCAACCGAUUGAAGGAUGAAAAAGAAAAUGCAUUACUCUCUCACAACACACUCGUCGAGUCUUUACAACAAGAAAAACACCAUAUGGAAGAUCAAUUCAAAACAUUACAGAAAUCUGUUGAAGAAAAAGAACACCUCAUUCAAUCUCAAUAUAAGGAACAAGUUCAUUUGAAUGAGAAAAUCAAAUCAUUAGAAAGUAUCAUUGAAUCUAAAUUGGAGGAAUUGACAUCCAUUCAAGAUUCAUUUGUUCAAUCUCAAAAUGAAUUAUCACAAAAAACGAGCGAGUUAAAUGCUCUCAUGGAAAAGCAUUCUCAAAUGGAACAAGAAUUAACACAAGCAAAAUUACAAUCGACAGGAUUGAUUCAACAAUUCAACGAAAUGACUCUUCAAUUGAAACAAAAAGAAGAAUUCAUUCAAACAUUGAUCGAGAAGAAUACAUUCAUUGAAGAAUCUCUCAAAACCAAAUCACACGAUCACGAUCAAUUAUGUAAUGAAAUAUCCAAAGCCAAACAACAAGUUGAGAAUAAGGAAGAAUUAUUGAAACAGUUAAAUCACGAAUUACACACAUUGAGAGAAGAAUUAGAGUUAAAACAAGUUCAAGAAUCUCAAGACCGAUUAUUACAAUCUUCAACUCUCACACAAGAGGCACUCGAAAAACAACAAUCACUUGAAAAUUUGAGAACAGAAAUUGAGAUUGAAUUUCAUGCAUUGAAAGAAGAACGCUCAUAUACUCGUCUCAAUGAACUUGAACAAUUAAAUCAAGAAAAAGAUAAAAAGAUUCAAGAGCUGGAACAAUCCAUUCGAGUUGAAUCAACAACAUUCAAAGAACGUACUUCUCAACUAUUACAAGAAUAUGAAUCUAAAUUAUUGGAAAAGGAUUCAAAAUUACAAUCUGUCAUGGAACAUGAAGAAUCCUUGUCCACAACAAUUACAGAGCAACAACAGACAAUUGAGUCCAUUCAAUUAGAUGCCAAAAAGAAAGAGUCUACAAUCAAGGAAUUAGAGGAACAUUUGAAGGAAAAACAACAGGAAUUGGAACAAAUGAAACGACUCGUUGCACAACUUGAGAGUCAAUUGACAAAGACAACCACUUCAACAGCUGUGGAGCAUUUAUCCAAAGAACUUGACGCACUGGACCAAUUGAUUAACAAGAUUCGAAAUGAUGAAGUCCAAUCUAUCGAUUUCUUUGACUUGAUUGAUGCAGGAUAUUGUGAAUAUUUUCAUGAAAUUCCAAAAGAAAAAUUACAAUCUCUAUUCCUUGCAUUGGAAGAGAGCAAAUCUCUUGUGGAUGUCUCAUUUGAUGGAUGUGGACUGGCCACUCAAGAUUUAAAGCAUUUGCUUUACAAUUUGGCAAAAAACAAAAGUAUUGUCACGUUGAAUCUCUCUGUUGAUAAGCCUGACUUUGCUGUGCCAUUCGAUAUUGUUCAAGCAUUGUGUGAUUUUAUCUUGCAGAACAAUGUGUGUACGACUUUGAAAAUCAUUGAUUGGAUUUUCAGUCAAGAGGAGGCUCAUAAAGUUGUGGAAGCCUUAAAAACUGCUCCUCAAUCAAAACUCAGUGUGAUCGAGUGGGAUAAGCUGAAAACCAAAGUUGCAAAGAAAGACAAGGAAAGUUUGAAUCGAAUUUUGAAUGAAAGAAAGUCUCAAGAAUAA